AUGAGCGAAGUGCAAGAACCGAUGAUGGAAUCAGAAAUGACUCUCCAGGAGGCGCUCUCCAAGGUAUGCAAGGUGUCCAGGACAUACUGUAGAUUAAGCAGGGGAGCCAGGGAGACGUCGAAGAAAAUGCUUGCUGGAAACAUGAGGUUUGUGAUGCUCGCAAAGGAUGCUGAGCCGAGAAUUGCAAAGCUUAUUACGCUUCUGGCAAAGAAGAAGGACAUUCCGAUCAUUUCGAUUGAAAGCCGCCUAGAGCUAGGGAAGAUUGUUGGGGUUGAGAAUGUCAGCUCAAGCGGAAAGGUAAGGAGCAAGGGAUGCUGUGUUGCAGGAAUUCAAGACUAUUGCGAGCAGACUACUGAGGCAGGGUAUGUUCAGGCGGCCUUGCUAAGGGGAGUCUCUUCCUAA